AUGGCUAAAAAUUCUGAUAAUGAUAUGGUUCCUCCUAUUGUUUCAUCUAAUACUCCUACAUCAAAAACAAGUAGAAAACCAAAAUCUAUCGUAUGGGGAGAUCAUAUUAAGCAAGAAAAGCAAAUUUCCAAGGGACAUUGGAAUACAACAUGCAAUUAUUGUAACCAAUUUUGGUACAAAGGUUCUUCUGCUGCUCUCGAAGACUACUUAAGUAAUUUAUAUAAUAAUAUGCCACUAGAUGUUCGUGACCUAUUUUUAAACUGGUUAGCAGCAAAGGCACUUGAAGUUGAUAUAUCAAAAUCAAAGAAACGAAAACUUGGCAAUCAGUCAAAUCAAGCACAACUUUCAGAUUUUAUCAAAAGAAACACACUUAAAAUUCUAGCCGAAGAAAAUUUGGUUGAAGGAGGAGGACUUAAGUGGUGGGUGGAUACCCGUUGGCAUACUAUAUACGAUUAUAUAUUUUUGAUUAUAAGAUAUAAAGUACCUCUAGAAAUAAUUCAUAAUAGUGAUAAUCUAGCUAUAUCAAUUCUUGAAUUACAAAAUUGUUCACUAGCCGACUGCUUCGUUGGUCUAGUUCAUUUGGGAGCAGCAAUUAGAAGACUUCCAGAGAAUGAUUAUCAUAAAAGACUAGCAAAUGAAGAAAGACCAGUGAAUGAAGAAAGACUAUCGAAUGAACAAAAACUAUCAAAUAAAGAAAGACCAUCGAAUGAAAAAAGAGCAAAUGAAGGAAGACUGGGAAAUAAAGAAAGACCAGCAAAUAAAGAACCUACUAAUGAAGAAAUGGAAGAUACUUUCAUACCGCUAAAAGAAAAAAUAUUAAAAAAUCGAGAAAUUGAUAAUAAUAUAAAAAAUGAUGAGGAGGAUUGGGAUCCUGAAAGAAAG